AUGUCUUAGUUUCACGCUGUACUCUUUUCGUAAAGAAGCUUUAUGGGAGGAGUGCACAUAAGAAAAUCAUCUCAAAUAUUAGGUAGAUCAGCAUCUAGCAUCUCGCUGUCGCCACUAAACACUCCUUAAAACGUCUCAGCAGACUCAGAAUUUUUUAGAUUUACACCUCAAAACAUGAUGGUUCAGAUUGAAGACAUUCUAUCUGCUAUUCCCUUUGGAAAAAUGCAAAAUUUUAUCAUAUUCAUGCACUUCCUUAUGUUUACAAGCUCUAGCUUUAUCAUUUAUAACUACUGCUUUUUCCUUAUGAGCCCAACUUACAUGUGCACUUACCCAGACCCUGAUAAUGCAGGUUUGACAGUUUAAAGAGUAUGCCAAAGAGAGUAAUUCUGCAGUACUAAUAUACUAAACCCACCCACUAGUUGGGAGAUAGAUUGGAACUCUAAAUUUUCCUUGAAUAACUGGAUAACUACUCUCGAUAUGCAUUGCUCAUCUAGUUUUGAGAUCGGGCUAUUCGGCUCAUUGUUCUUUGCCGGUUAUCUAGUAUCAUGUGCCAUCUUCCCACCUCUCUCAGACAAAUAUGGCAGAAAAGUAUUCACUAUCGGAGUUUGCUUUGUUCAAGUAGCAGCAAUGGCUUGUCUAGUAUUUGUACCUAAUCUAUAGCUUUACUAUCUGAUGAAUAUAAUAAUUGGAGCAAGUCAACCCUUAAAGUCUAUGAUAGCCUACACGCAUUUAAUGGAAUGGUCUCAUGGCCAUGAAUCGCUGCUAAGUGGCAUAUUAUUUUGCUAUGAUGGGUUCCUAUUUACUCUAUGUCCUUUAUUUUUAUUAUUUGUGACAAAAAAUACAAUGCUGUUUCUUUACAUUGGACUAGCAAUUAAUGUCAUAGCAAUUAUUUCUUUUGCAUUCUUUUACUUCCCAGAGUCGCCAGUUUUUCUCUUAGAUUAGGGUAGAUUUGAUGACUUCAGCACAGUGAUAAAGAGAUUGUACAUUAAAAACAAUGUAGAUGACUAGUAACAAGUAAAAUUAAACAAUUUGAUAACUAGAUAUAAAUCAUAAAAGACUGAGAGACUAGAAAGCAGAAAACAUAAUUAAAAUGCAGAUAAUCAAAAGGGUAUUAUGACUACCUUGAAAUCAGACUUUAGCAUUGUCUACAAUCUCUUCUUUAUGAUGCUGAAUUGGUCCUGCGCUUCAUUCACAUUUUACCUACUUAAUUUCUUUAUAAAGUAUAUGCCAGGUGACAUCUUCAUCAACUCAAUUGUGUCUGGACUCUCAUGCUUUAUAUUACUGAUUGAAGGACCAUUAUAGAAAAAAUUUUCUAGUAAAUUAGGAUAAGCUUUCAGUUUCGCUCUCGGCCUAAGCUCAGCAGUAAUGAUAUGUUUCUUUGAUAAACAGACAAAUUAAAUUGUGCUAUAUUCUCUUGUAUUGCUAGUUGCAAAAUCAGGAGCUGAGUUGGCGUUUGCUUUUGUCACUUUGAUUCAUUUAGAGUUAUUCCCUACUCAUUUCUUAGUCACUAGCUAUGGUAUUUGCAAUAUAUUCUGCAGAAUGGCUACAAUGUUUGCUCCAAUAGUAGCUGAAGUAUCCAAUCCAUUAGUACCAUUGACUUUCCUAAUAGGUUUAAAUCUAUUAGGAGUAAUGGCUUCAUUAGUCCUGAAGAAAAAGCAAUAGAUAAACCUUAAUUAGGAAGAGUUAGGAAAAUGA